AUGUCAAAGAGCCAGAAAAAAGCGCAAGAGGCUGCUGCUCGCAAGGCAGAAAAAGAUUUCAAAAAUUCAAGAAAAGAAGAGAAAGAUAAGCUCGUAGAAGAGGCUAACAACGAGAAAGAUUCAGGAAUAAUUUUCAAGUAUGGUAAGAACAAGAGAAUAACAAAGAAUCAAAAAAAAGCUCAAGAGGCUGCUUCUAGUAUGGCUGAAAAGGAUAAAGAAAUGCUUCCGGAAGAAGAAAGAAGAGAAGAAAGAAGAGAAGAAAAAAAGCUUACUGAAGAGGCCAAGACAGAAGCAGAGAAUAUCGCAGAUGAAGCCCAAACAGGAGGAGAGAAUACUAUAGAAGAAGCCAAGACAGAAGCAGAGAAUAUCACAGAAGAGGCCAAGACAGGAGAAGAGAACAGCGCAGAAGAGGCCAAUAUAGGAGAGAAUAUUGCAGAAGAGACCAAGACAGAAGGAGAGAAUACCAUAGAAGAAGCCAAGACAGAUGCAGAGAAUAUCGCAGAAGAGACCAAGACAGAAGGGGCCAAAAUAGAAGCAGAGAAUAUCGCAGAAGAAGCCCAGAUAGGAGAAGAGAAUAGCGUAGAAGAGGCUAGAAAAGAAGAAGAAAGUCUUGCACAAGAUAAUAAUAGAGAGAAAAAUGCAGAAAAAAUUGUCAGUAAUAGCAAAAAUAAGAAAGUAAAAAAGGGUCAGAAAAAAGCUCAAGAAGCUGCACUUCGUGAAGCUGAAAAUGAAGAAGAAAGACUUGCAGGAGGGGCCAAGACAGUAGAACAGAAUAACGUAGAAAGGGCCAAUGAAGAGGAGGAAAAAAUAAUUUUUAAUAAUAGGAAGAAUAUGAAAAUGAAAAAAGGCCAAAAAAAGUCUCAAGAUUCUGCUUCCUGCAAGGCUGCAAAAGAAAAGGAAAAUGAAGAAAAAUAUGUUGGAGAAGAAGAGAAGAUAGAACCCGUAGAAGAGAUAAGAAAAGAAGAAGAUGGGCAAGCAGAAGAAGAUAAGGAGGCCGAAGCACAAACAACAGUUGACGAAAUUGCAAAAGAAGAGCAAGAUAAUUUUGAGGAGAUAGGCAUAGAAGAAGACAUUCAAGCAAACGAAGACAAAUUUAGUGAAGAUAAACAAGUAGAACCUACAAUAGAAGCCUAUACUAGAGUAGAAGAAUCAUUACUAGCUGAAAAUCAUACCGAAGAAGAGGCUACAACACAGCCAGAAAAAACUAGUGCAGCUGAGGAAGAACCAGAGAAUUUGGGGGAAACUGGAAAAGAAGAACCUGAAUCACAAAUAGAAGAAUUAAAUAAUGAAGAAGAUGAAGCAUCUGAUAGUAAAGUGAAGCUCAUUGUGAGGACCCCAUCCGAAGAUGAUGAUAAAGUCAAAGCAUCUACAGCACCCGCGGAGAAGACCCCUCGAUCUCUAAUGCCUCUACAGCCUUCGAAAAAUACACAAUCGACUAAAAUAAAUCGACAUACCAUUAAAGCCUCAUCUCGGAAGGAUGAAAAAAAGCCUUCUAAAGUUAAGUCAAAUGGCAAAGAAAAUUCCAAAGGGUCGACAAUCAGAAAUCCUUCCUCCAUCAAAGAUCGCCAGAAGGAUAAAGCCAAAAAUUUUAGGAAUCCUACCACUACUAAAACCGGGAAAGUAGAACGUCCAUCACUGUCAAGAGGAUUAUCAAAUAUAUUUGCUCCUCCAGUGAGGUCUAAAUCCAUCUCCGAAAAAAACUCACGUAAGAUUCCAGCUAAGGUUCCUCGCCGCGCAUCAACUUCAGAAGGAAUCUCCGGGAUAGAUAGUCGGCCAGCUUUAUCUUCAAAAGCGCCAAAGAUUGUUGACGUUGCCAAACAUUCCAAUCAAAAAUCUGAAAAGGAAGCCAAGCCAAGUGAUGAUAAAAAGCCAGCUAAUGUAAUAAAAACAAAUAAUAUCCGAAACCCAAAAGCAAAGGACAAUGACAUAGCUGCGGCUGAUAAAGGUGGUUCAUCUUAUUAUUUCGCAAAACGACCAGAAACUGCAAAUAAGUCUAGCUUCAGCGGAAUAUUUAGUGGACUGAUAUCCUCGAAGUCUCGGUCUGAAAGUAAGCGUCGUAACUUAGUUUCUGAAAAUGGGUCACGUGGACUUAGGCGAGAAGAGAGAAAAAUCAAGCAUCAUGACAGAGAUAACAGUGAUAUUAAGAUAUCAAGCUCUGCUGAUCAAGAAAAUGAGAAACGGCAAGCUGCCCGUCGUACCAGAAGAUCAGAGAGACAAGCAGCUGAGAAUAUUGCGGAAGAGGCACGAAGAGCUGAGCAAGCUGCACAAAAAUCUAAAGAGGAACGGCAAAAAAAGUACAGAAAAGAGAAAGAAGAAUAUGAUAUACGUGUGCUUGAAGAAGAGAAACAGAGCGCUGCUCGACGUGCUCAGAGAGCUCAUCUAGAUGCGGAAAGACAAAUUGCCCAAGCAAAGGAGCAAAAGCGUUUAGAGAGGCGUCGUUCAGAAAGAGCUCGAGAUGAAGAGCGAGCGCUUUUUGAAGCCAAGGAGCGUGAACGACAAGAGAGACGCCGUGCUGAAAGGGCUAAAGAUGCAGAGCGAGCGAUUUUUGAAGCCAAAGAGCGUGAACGACAAGAGAGACGCCGUGCUGAAAGGGCUCAAGUUGCAGAGCGUAUGAUUAGCGAAGCCAGAGAAUACGAACGCUUAGAGAGACGUCGAGCUCGUCAAGAAAAAGAGGCAGCUCAUGUGAUAUCUUAUGACAGGCACAGCGAAAAUCAGACUCAAUCGAGUAACUCUAUACGCCGUAAAUCUCAGGGAGAAGGAAUUGACGAAGAUGAGAUGCGCCAUCUCAGACAUGAGGAACGACGAGCUCGGCGGAAAUCUACUGGGAACCCCAGAUCAGGUCGACAGAAAUCUGUAGAUAGAUUACCAGAAAUUCGAAACAAAAAUGAACCAGCGGAACAAAUGUACGAGUACAUUUAUGAACCGUCAAGAAGGCAAACUGAUGAUUCACUGUUAAAUCUUCGAACAAAAUACUGGGUGCGGGAACAUUCUGAUGCACCACCACCACCUAAUGAUGUUCAGGUGCGGUCGGGUGGCUCGGGGGAACGGAAAGAGCGGAGACGUCGACUAAGCUCGCGUCACUCUACCCAUGAAAAGUUUGAGGAUCAAGCUUCAAGAGAACGAAGACGUCGGUCAUCUCAUGCUGCCAGGGAGAAUACAAUAAGUCUAGAAAGUAGCAAAGGAAAUGAGAGGCGUUCUCGACGAACAGACGCCCGAAGAGAAUCAACCGGCAUAAAUUCUCGAGCACCAAGCACGCAUGGGGGGUUAUUUAGCCGUUGGAAGAGAAUAGCUGGUGUAUAA